AGGGGCGGGACCGAGGGGUGUGGGCCGAAGGGCCGCGGUACUCCGCGGACCAGUAGUGGGUUGUCAGAACGGUCGCAGCCGGACUGGGGUAAGGCUGGGUUGAUGAGUCUUGGCUGCCGGGGGCCCGCGUAAGGAUGAGAGCGCAGAGGACGCAGGGUUGCUGGAGGCGCAGGUAACGAAGCUGGGGUGCAGCGCAGCCGCGGCGGGGCUUCUUCCGGGACCCGUGGUGCUGAAUGGAAGGGACCGAGGCGACGCCGAGUCGCGGCUCCUAGCGGCGGGGCCGCUACUCGAGCUGCAGCUGCCAGACGAGGAUGUGUGGAGCCCAGGCGGUGCUGGGGAGCUGAGAGCCUUCGGGCCCUAAGACCCUCGGGGCCAGGGAUGAGUUAGCGACGGCAGCCUCGGGGGCCAGUUCCGAAUGCUACAGGCCGAGACGACGGCCACCGCCCGCCAGCCCUUUCCGUGCAGGAGUCGGUAGCUCCUUCCGCGCCCGUCCGCGUUCCCGGCCCGGGAGACCAUGAGGUUCCGUAUUUACAAGCGGAAGGUGCUAAUCCUGACCCUCGUGGUGGCCGCCUGCGGCUUCGUCCUGUGGAGCAGCAAUGGGCGACAAAGGAAGAACGAGGCCCUCACUCCGCCGCUGCUGCAGGACGCCGAGCUCGCGCGGGGUACGGGCGGCCGGGGUGGGGAGCACUCCGCUGUGUCUGUGGGCAUCCGCAGGGUCUCCAACGAUUCGGCGGCUCCGCUGGUCCCAGCGGCCCCGCAGCCAGAGGCGGAUAACCUGACGCUGCGGUACCGGUCUUUAGUGUACCAGCUGAACUUUGACCAGACGCUGAGGAAUGUAGAUAAGUCCGGCUCCUGGGCGCCCCCGGAGCUGGUGCUGGUGGUCCAGGUACACAACCGGCCCGAAUACCUCAGACUGCUGCUGGACUCUCUUCGCAAAGCCCAGGGCAUUGACAAGGUCCUCGUCAUCUUUAGCCACGACUUCUGGUCGACAGAAAUCAAUCAGAUAAUCGCUGGAGUGGAUUUCUGUCCGGUUCUGCAGGUGUUCUUUCCUUUCAGCAUUCAGUUGUACCCCAACGAGUUUCCAGGCAGUGACCCCAGAGAUUGCCCCAGAGACCUGGAGAAGAAUGCAGCUUUGAAGAUGGGAUGUAUUAACGCCGAGUAUCCCGACUCCUUCGGCCAUUAUAGAGAGGCCAAGUUCUCCCAAACCAAACACCAUUGGUGGUGGAAGCUGCAUUUUGUAUGGGAAAGGGUCAAGAUUCUUCGAGACUAUGCUGGCCUUAUACUUUUCCUAGAGGAGGAUCACUACUUAGCCCCAGACUUUUACCAUGUUUUCAAAAAGAUGUGGAAAUUGAAGCAGCAAGAGUGUCCUGAGUGUGAUGUUCUCUCCCUGGGAACCUAUACUGCCAGUCGCAGUUUUUAUGGCAUUGCUGACAAAGUAGAUGUGAAAACUUGGAAAUCCACAGAGCACAAUAUGGGUCUAGCCUUGACCCGGGAUGCAUAUCACAAACUGAUUGAGUGCACAGACACUUUCUGUACUUACGAUGAUUAUAACUGGGACUGGACUCUUCAAUACUUGACUGUAUCUUGUCUUCCAAAAUUCUGGAAAGUGCUGGUUCCUCAAGUUCCUAGGGUUUUUCAUGCUGGAGACUGUGGUAUGCACCACAAGAAAACCUGUAGGCCGUCCACCCAGAGUGCCCAAAUUGAGUCACUCUUAAAUAAUAACAAGCAGUACAUGUUUCCAGAAACUCUGAUUAUCAGUGAGAAGUCUACUGUGGCAGCCCUUUCCCCACCUAGGAAAAAUGGAGGGUGGGGUGAUAUUAGGGACCAUGAACUCUGUAAAAGUUAUAGAAGACUGCAGUGAAAAAUCACAAUUAGAAAAAAAAAAGGUGACAGUCUUCUGUUUUUGAUAUUUGUUCAAACAGGAUAUACAGUUGAAUAAAAGGUUUUAGGAACUGGUUUCUGCUUUAAUACAAAAAUUUCUUGUAAAAGGUGUCCAAAUAUAGUAAUCAUGUCUAGUUAUAUCUGAUUAAGAUUUAAAACUGAAAUUUUCAUUUUAGGGUUGUGUUUUAAAGCUCAACCCCUAUCUGCUAAAGGUAAUCAUUAUAGUUAAUUGAUAAGAGAGAGAGGAGGGGGAAUCUUAUUAAAUUACAUCUAUUAAUCUUUUUAUCUGGAACUUUGUACACUUUUCCACUUUCAAAACUUAUUUUAAAUACAGAAUUUGUUUAAAAUUAUCAUAGCAGUAAAAAGUAUUAUAAUGAAAUUGUUAGAGUGUUAAUGGAACAAGCCCAGUUUCACUCUUGACACAGUUAUUUGGAAGGCAUUCUUCGCUGGUUUUAUAAUUCAAAAGUUAUGUUUGUUAUGUGUCAGAAGAGUCAUUUUCAGUAUUACAGAUUCCUGUACUAUUGUGUUAAGAUUUGCCUGUGCUUUGGAACCUUCAUUAGAACACACUUUCUUUUGGAAUGUAUUUGAUUGAUAAGAAAGUUUAAACAUUGUUUUCACUUCAGUGUAGAAAUAGUGUUUUUUGGUUUUUUUUAGUGCUGCCAAAAUAAAAUACUCAUUUUGCAUAUGAAGAUUUCUAAUCAUUUUGCAGAAUAAAUUUUAUUAAUCAUAUACUCCAAAAUUCAGUACCAGCAUUCUGGGAGCUUUGAAAGUUAAUUACACCCUAAUAUUUAUUAUCUGUACAUUGUAUAAUUGAGUUUGAAAUAAAACCCAGCUCAUGACAAUGCA